AUGGUUCAUUCAGCAAAACAACUUCUUCGUCAACAGAUUCGUCAUGCACUUAAAUUAAUGUCUAAUGAAGAACGUGUUCAACAAUCAAAUAUAGUUACAAAUUAUCUUCUUCAUCAUCCAAAAUAUUUAUCUUCACAUUCAAUAUCUGUUUAUGUUCAUAUGAAUACUGAAGUAUCAACACGUGAUAUUAUACAACAUGCAUUCAAAUCUCAUAAACAUGUUUUCAUUCCACGUUAUAGUUCAACAUCAAUGGAUAUGGUACGUGUUCAUUCAUUAGAUGAUCUUGAUUCAUUACCAAUGACAAAAUGGAAUAUACGACAACCAUCUUUAGAUGAUAUCGAUCGAGAAAUAGCAACAACAAAUAUUGAUCUUAUUAUUGUACCUGGUUUAGGAUUUUCUCUGGAUGGCUGUCGUCUUGGACAUGGAAAAGGUUUUUAUGAUAGAUAUUUAGAUUCAUUAAGUAAACAUUCUUAUACUAUUGGAUUAGCAUAUCGUCAACAAAUUGUUGAAAAUAAUAGCAUACCUAUGAAUUCAACUGAUAUUCGUAUUCACGAAGUACUUGUUGCUAAAGAAAAUUAA